CGCACUUCCGCUUCCUCCAGUGCGUUCACUGCCGGUUCAAAGGCCCCCACGUGGUUGUUGGUGUUGUCGGGUGUGCGUUGCAAAGUGUGGAGUUACAAUCCAAAAGUCUCCAGUUAGUCACAAGACUCUGCACGUAAGUGAGACGUGGACAUGGGGGAGUUCAAGGUGCACCGGGUUCGGUUCUUUGACUACAUGCCCAGCGCCAUCAGAACCAUGGCGUUCAACAGCCGCUCGGAGCGGCUGGCUCUGGCCCGGGCCGACGGCGCCGUGGAGCUCUUCAACUUCGCUGACAACUACUUCCAGGAUAAGGUGAUCCCGGGACGGGAGGGCAGGGACACCGAGGCUCUGUGUUGGGUGGGCCGGCGCCUGUUCAGUGCUGGCUUAAAUGGAGAGAUCACGGAGUACGAUCUGGAGAAGCUGAGACCCCGAUACACAGUGGCGGCCUUCGGCGGAGCCAUCUGGACCAUGAGCAGCAACAGCCAGGGAAGCCUGCUAGCGGUUGGCUGCGAGGAUGGGACCGUGAAGAUAUUCGAGGUGCUGGAAGAGACCAUUCGACAUCAGAGAAAUCUUGCCCGACAGAAAGGUCGUAUUGUAUCGCUGUCCUGGCAUCCCUCCGGUACUCUCAUUGCUGCUGGAAUGAUGGACAUGAUCCAGAUCUUUGAUGCUGAGACAGGCCAAGCUACACACAGACUGCUGGUGGAGAAACGUCUCCGAGCAUCCAAGAGCGUGGAGGUGGUGGUUUGGAGUGUCGUGUUUCUGUCCGACCACACAAUAGUCAGCGGCGACUCUGCGGGAAAGGUCCAGAUGUGGGACGGUUCGACAGGAACGCUGAUCAGAACCUACUUGGUCUCCAAGUGGGAUGUUUUGGCUCUCGCUGUGUCGCAGGAUGAGAGGAGUCUGGUAGCCGGGACCUCUGAGGGUACCGUCAUCCAGUUCCAGUUCCUCUCCACUGUGGACCAGCAGCCCGAGGAGUGGAUUCGAACCAGGACCUUCAAAAACCACUCGCAUGAUGUGAGGGCGCUCGCCCACACAGAGACGGCUGUGGUUUCAGGGGGUAUGGAUGUGCAGCUGGUGGUGAGACCCCUACUGGACAAGGUGGAGAGGAACACCCAGGAGGCAGCGCUGCGCAAAAUCGCUUUCCCACACAGAAACUUAGUUUGCUGUGCGAAGAAGGCGGGACUGCUGCUGUUCCAGUUCCCUGAGCACUUAGAGGUGUGGAGACUGGGGGAGAGCGACGGGCACGCAGGAAGGCCGGGCGACAGGCUGCCUGUGAAGAGGAAACCAGAGAAGCUGAUCGAACUGAAGAGGAAGGGAGAAGACCACAUCUGCUGCAGCGCUCUGUCUCCGUGUGGUGGCUGGAUAGCGUACUCCACUGUCUCCGGUGUGCGACUCUACAGGUUCCAGCACAACAACAACAUCAGAAUCAGCAAGGUGUCCAGACUCCCCAAGGUCCUCUGCUCAGUCCAGCAGCUCUGCUUCUCAUCAGACUCCUCUAAGCUUUUCGCAUCCACCAGCCAUUCUUCACUCAUAGUUGUUGGCCUGAACCAGUCCGAGUGCAAAUACCUUAACACUCUUAAACCCAAGUCUGACUCCAGACAACCAGUGCACCUGCUCGCUGCCAGUGAUGAUGGCCGAUGGCUCGCUGCAGCCAACACAGACUGUGAGAUUCACGUGUACAACCUUGAGAAGAUGAAGAUCCACUGCUCGGUCCCGAUUCACAGCUCCUGUCCCACGGCCAUCGCCAUCCACCCAGUGACCAGCAGCCUGGUCGCGGUGCACGCUGACCAGCAGAUCUUUGAAUACUCCCUGGAGCUGAAGGAGUACACAGAGUGGAGCCGCAAGCUGCAGAAACAGGGGCUGCACUCUCUGUGGUUGGAGAGGGACACGCCUGUCACCCACAUCACCUUCAACCCCAGAAACCCAGCACACAUUGUUCUGCACGACGCCUUCAUGUUCUGCAUCAUUGACCAGAGUCUGCCUCUCCCUGAAGCAAAGGCUGUCCUGUACAAUCAGAUGACGCUGAGGAGCCUCCCUGAGUCAGACAGGCCCAGACACAGCCACGCCUUCAAGAUCUGCAAGAGUUUCCAGCACCUCAUGUGUGUCAGCCUCCUGGACGACCAUUCUCUGGUUGCAGUGGAGCGCCCCCUGCAGGACAUCAUGUGUCAGCUGCCUCCACCUGUCCGACAGAAGAAGUUUGCCACAUAAAAAAGAAACUCUGUUUUAACUCCCACAUCAGCUUCGUUUUCAACAACUGUGUGUUUGUCAAAAUGUUUUGAUAAAGUAUUAAAUGCA